AAUGAACUCGGUCGAAUCUUGUUUUGAGUUUUCGGUAUCAAAACACAACAAAAGGCGGGAAAAAUAUUUCCUGGAGUAUUUCGUUCGUUACGCGUCGCGAAACAUAAAAAUGAUGUGUUAAUUGUGUUAAAAAUAUGUCGAAACGAAAACUACCGCUGUGGAUGCGAGAUGCGGAGCAAUCUCCAACACCAAGUGUGCCCAAGCAGUCACGUUUUCUUUCGGACGCAGUGCAAAACGGAAUCAUCACCAAAGGUUCAGAAACUCAGUCAGUGAAGGACGUCCAAGAAGACGAACAGAAAGAAAAUCAAUCGACAACACUCCCCGAAGAGGACAACACUCCACGGCGGAGGCUGCGUAGCAACUAUAAAAUCCCUGACGAUGUACAGCCGAAGCGCGAAGCGACGGUGAAAAUCAACAUUGAGGAUGUUCCGUUUAUCGAUUACAAGGGAACCAUUCGAUACUACACAGAUUGGCGGGAUGUUGCCUGUGCCGCUGAUGAGAUAAUGCAGUGGGUCGACAAGCAACCACAAGUCGUUGUCCCGAUAGCAUUCGAUUUGGAGUGGCCAUUCAGCUUCCAAACUGGUCCAGGGCCUACGGCCCUGAUGCAGCUGUGCGCGGAGCUGCACUGUUGCUAUUUGUUUCAGCUCUCCUGUCUGAAAAAACUCCCAGCGGCGCUGUUGCAGCUUCUCCAUCACCCGAAAGUUCGACUGCACGGAGUAAACGUGAAAAAUGAUUUCCGCAAGCUGGCGAGGGAUUUUCCCGAAGCGAACGCGGAAACCAUGAUUGGGCAGUGUGUUGAUUUGGGCCAGUGGUACAAUCGGAUUCAUGGCUCGAGUGGCCUCUGGAGUAUGGAGCGGCUGGUGCUGCAGGUCUGCCGGUUGCGAAUCGACAAAAACAAGAAGGUGCGGAUGAGUAAGUGGCACGUGUUGCCGCUAAGUGACGACCAGAAGAUGUACGCCGCCGUGGAUGCUUACAUCGGCCAGGAAAUCUACCUCAAGUUGGAGGAAAAGGAGCAGAAAUUGGAACAGGAACGACAGGAACUGGACAUGGCUCUGCCAGCACCGACCAGUGAACAGUAACAAAACACCAAGCACAACUUUCGUACUUUUGUUAUCA